AUGAGUGAUGCCAGCAUCAGUGAGUCCCAAAAUGAAUCAAUCCCAGAAUCAGGAGAAGGCAUUAUUUGCGUGAGUACGGCUGGUACAGGUGAAUACAAUACCGGCGAAGAGGACUAUAAUGGAGCUGAUGAAGACAGCCUCGACUUGAACCAACAUGACGAUGAAGAGAUGUGUGAUGGCUCGGGGGAGCUUGAAGAAUCAGACCAUUCAAGCCAAUCAUGGCCUACUAAUUCGAGUGACAGGAGACGUCGACGCUCCCUAGAUAGCCAAGCUCGAGCCGAUGCUGAACACAGAGGUCUGUAUGGAUCCGGCAGCAGUAGCGGCAGCAGCAAGCGCCAGUGCCUUGAAGGCUCAACCGACGCUGCAGGCGGGAGAGCGAGACCCGGGAUCGAACUGACUGCGGAGGAUGUCACCAGAUACAGAAAGACAGGAGCGCAAUACCAAGCAUGGCUCGACAACCCGGAAGUGCCAGGUUGCCGAAUCCAACCGGCAACACUAACUAUAGAGGAGAUGAUCGACGAAGCGCAACCAAUGCCUUGGAAAAUCGAUGAAUCGUGUUUCACAGUCGAGCCCAUGGCACUAGCAGGUGGUGACAUUGAAUCGAUGAAUAUUGCUCGCGGCGGUCCGCGAUACCGCUACACACAUCUCCGACAGGGUCCGGGGCCGAACGCGCUCGAUGCUAACGAAUUUGAACACCGGGUUGCUCAUGGUGUUAUUGUUGCGGAGAGAAUUUACAGGGAAGAUGGUCCGCAUUGGAAUGAGGUUGCUCGGGCUCAAUACUUGCUUGAUUUUAACUUGAAAACUCUGAGGCAUGUUAUCUUCACGAAUGUCAGCAAUGAAGAAACAGCUCCAUACAUACUCUACGAGCUCUACCCCAGAGUGGGUGCUGACUGGUCACAGUCGAGAAACGUGGCGUGUAUGUUCUUUGAGCAUGGUAGUGCUGAGUAUCAAGAGCUCCUCGGGACGAAGUUGGGUAAAGCUGUGGCUUGUCUAAUUCUUUCUUCGUUCCCUAGGGGCACGAUGAAGAUCACUCGUGUUGUGACAUGGUGUAAUUCGACUACACCGCAAAUCAGGUUUGAGAUUGAACCUGUUAUAGCUGCACCCGUCGCCCUUGCUAUAGCUGCAUGA